GGCCAGGAGCAGCAGUUGGGCUUGGUCGAGGCUGCUGACACCAUGUCCCGCGUGUCGGUGCCCUGCCAUGUGAAAGGUACCGUGGCCCUGCAGGUGGGCGACGUGCGAACCUCCCAAGGCCGGCCUGGUGUGCUGGUCAUCGAUGUCACCUUCCCCAGCGUCGCGCCCUUUGAGUUACAGGAGAUAAUGUUUAAGAAUUACUACACAGCCUUUCUGAGCAUCCGUGUUCGCCAGCAUACCUCAACACACACACCAGCCAAAUGGGUGACCUGCCUGCGGGACUACUGCCUCAUGCCUGAUCCACACAGUGAGGAGGGAGCCCAGGAGUAUGUAUCGUUGUUCAAGCAUCAGAUGCUGUGUGACAUGGCCAGAGUACUGGAACUGCGCCUGAUUCUGCGACAGCCAUCACCACUAUGGCUGUCUUUCACAGUGGAGGAACUGCAGAUUUACCAGCAGGGACCAAAGAGCCCCUCCAUGACCUUCCCCAAGUGGCUUUCCCACCCAGUGCCUUGUGAGCAGCCUGCUCCCCUCAUUGAGGGUCUCCCAGACCCCAACAGGGUAUCCUCCGAGGUGCAGCAGAUGUGGGCGCUGACAGAGAUGAUCCGGGCCAGUCACACCUCUACAAGGAUCGGCCGCUUUGAUGUGGAUGGCUGUUAUGACCUCAACUUGCUCUCCUACACUUGAACUAUGGCUCUUAGCCAAGAUGUUGGCCUUCCGUGUCCACCCAGACCUGAUUUGGGCCACCAGAGGCUGAAGUGCUUUCCCUGUGCAUUCCGAGUGUUGCCUGCAUGCCCACUAUGUCUGGGCCACAUUCACAGAUUCAAGAUUCUUGGGGGCUGUGUUGCUUCAGCAUGAGCUCUUGGCAGGGGUGUACUCUGUCUUAAUCUGACUGCAAGCUGAAAUUCUUUUUCCUACCCUAAAAACACUCCAGUUCUACUUACUAAGAAUCCCCGUGUGCCCUCUGCUCCUUCUGCCAACAUGCACACUCCAGUCUCCUGCCUGCUCCUUCA